AUGGCAGCUCAUGACUCUGAUAAACAACUUUUUUCUCGUGGGUUUGAUAGUGAAAGUUUCGAUUUGGUGUCUGAUGAAGUACCUCUUGCCUCCUUUCCUGUGUCUGUCCCUAUGGAACAUUCUUUGCCAAUUUUUACUGCUACUGUUUCUGCUCCGCCUCAAGCCAUUAUGACUUCCUCUACAGUCCCCACUACGAAUGUUUUUCGGACCGAAGUUGGUUCUUCAAGUGGGGGUAGAGUGAUGAAACAAAUUACCAUUGAGGUCCCUGUCGAAGUUGAAAAAUCCAAGCUGGAAAGUCAUAGUUCUCUGACUUGGAUGAAUGAUCUCGUGCAAUCAUCGUUGAAGAUCAAUCUCGUCGGCACGGAGAUGAUGAAAAGGGUUUCCCAGACGGAACAAUUGAUACAUGAUUACCAGACCGAGGCAGAUAACUGGAAAGAGCAGUAUGACAGUCUUCAACUUGAAAUGGAAGUUUUAGAAGAAAACAAAUGUACCUUAGAGCAACAGUUGAAGAUUGUGACUUCGGAGUUGGCAGUUGAAAAAGCUUCUUCCAAUCAGGCAGGCAAGGAUAAAAAUUUCCUCGAGUCAUCAUUUGCCGAACAAAUCUCCAAAGCCACCGAAGAGAUCAGAGGUUUGAAGGCCUUGUUAAACGAAAAAGAAGUUUAUGCAGGUGAACUUGUUCAAACACUCACCCAGGCCCAAGAAGAUCUUCGUGUGUCUUCUGAUAAGGUCAAAUUUUUGGAGAGCUCGCUUGCCCCUUUGCAAUCUUCUUAUGAUGCUGCUUUGGCUGAGAGGGAGGAGUUCAAGAGUGAAAUUGAUCAAUGGGAAAGAGAUUAUGAGGCUCUUGAGGACAAAGCUUCUAUUGAAGUGAGUUGGGCUAUUUUGAAUACGAGCCAUGAUACCCUUGUGGAGGCUAGCCAAGAGGGUUUUAACUAG